AUGAAAGUAAGUUUUGUUUUUCCCCCCAAAUUUAGAUUUUCCUUGCUGCUGCUUAACUUGGAGGAGUACUACUUUGAACAGCAUACAGCUAGUCAUAUUUUCCACAAGGGCAGUCAUGCUGAACGGAAAAUCAGAGGCUCCUUAAAAAUAUGUUCAAAAUCAGUGAUUUUUGAGCCAGAUGAAAUAUCCCAGCCCAUCAUUAAGAUUCCUUUGAGGGAUUGUAUAAAAAUAGGGAAAUGUGGAGAAGAUGGAGCCAAUAGACACUUUACAAAGGCAAAAUCUGGUGGGAUUUCACUCAUUUUCAGUCAGGUAUAUUUCAUUAAAGAACAUAAUAUUGUUGCACCAUAUAAAAUAGAAAGGGGCAAAAUGGAAUAUGUCUUUGAACUGGAUGUUUCGGGGAAAGUGGAAGAUGUGGUGGAGACAUUGCUCCAGCUUCACAGAGCAUCCUGCCUUGACAAAUUGGGUGACCAAACCGCCAUGAUCACAGCUAUUUUGCAAUCACGUUUGGCUAGAACAUCGUUUGACAAAAACAGAUUCCAAAAUGUUUCUGAAAAACUGCACAUGGAAUGUAAGGCAGAAAUGGUGACACCUCUAGUGACGAAUCCUGGACACGUGUGUAUCACGGACACAAACCUGUAUUUUCAACCUCUCAACGGGUACCCGAAACCUGUGGUCCAGAUAACACUUCAAGAUGUCCGCCGCAUUUACAAAAGGAGGCACGGCCUCAUGCCUCUGGGUUUGGAAGUAUUUUGUACAGAAGAUGAUCUAUGUUCUGACAUCUACUUAAAGUUCUAUGAACCUCAAGACAGAGAUGAUCUCUAUUUUUAUAUUGCAACAUAUCUAGAGCACCACGUGGCGGAGCACACUGCCGAAAGCUACAUGCUGCAGUGGCAGCGAGGGCACCUGUCCAACUACCAGUAUCUCCUGCACCUCAACAACCUGGCCGACCGCAGCUGCAAUGACCUCUCCCAGUACCCUGUGUUUCCAUGGAUAAUAAAUGAUUACUCCAGCUCAGAAUUAGAUUUGUUAAAUCCAGGGACCUUCCGAGACCUCAGGAAGCCAGUUGGGGCCCUAAAUAAGGAACGACUGGAGAGACUGCUGACGCGCUACCAGGAAAUGCCUGAGCCAAAGUUCAUGUAUGGAAGUCACUACUCGUCCCCAAGCUAUGUGCUCUUUUAUCUUGUCAGGAUUGCACCAGAGUACAUGCUGUGCCUACAAAAUGGAAGAUUUGAUAAUGCAGAUAGAAUGUUCAACAGUAUUGCAGAUACGUGGAAAAACUGUUUGGAUGGUGCAACAGAUUUUAAAGAGUUGACUCCAGAAUUCUAUGGUGAUGAUGUCAGCUUUUUAGUCAAUAGUCUGAAGUUGGAUUUGGGAAAGAGACAAGGAGGACAGAUGGUUGAUGAUGUGGAACUUCCCCCUUGGUCCUCAAGUCCCGAGGACUUUCUCCAGAAGAGCAAAGAUGCACUGGAAAGCAAUUAUGUGUCUGAGCACCUUCAUGAAUGGAUUGAUCUAAUAUUUGGCUACAAGCAAAAAGGGAGUGAUGCUGUUGGAGCCCAUAAUGUAUUUCAUCCCUUGACCUAUGAAGGAGGUGUCGACUUGAACAGCAUCGAGGAUCCUGAUGAGAAAGUAGCCAUGCUGACGCAAAUCUUAGAAUUUGGGCAGACACCAAAGCAGCUGUUUGUGACACCUCAUCCUCGAAGGAUCACCCCGAAGUUUAAAAGUUUGUCCCAGACCUCCAGUUAUAAUGCCUUUAUAGCAGAUUCCCCAGGUGAAGAGUCUUUUGAAGACCUGACUGAAGAAAGCAAAACACUGGCCUGGAGUAACAUCACCAAGCUGCAGUUACAUGAGCACUAUAAAAUCCACAAAGAGGCAGUUACUGGAAUUGCAGUCUCUCGCAAUGGGUCUGCAGUCUUUACAACAUCACAAGAUUCCACCUUGAAGAUGUUUUCUAAAGAGUCCAAAAUGCUACAAAGAAGUGUAUCAUUUUCAAAUAUGGCUUUAUCAUCUUGUUUACUGUUACCAGGAGAUGCCACUGUCAUAAGUUCUUCAUGGGAUAAUAAUGUCUAUUUUUAUUCCAUAGCAUUUGGAAGACGCCAAGACACAUUAAUGGGACACGAUGAUGCUGUUAGUAAGAUCUGUUGGCAUGACAACAGGUUAUAUUCUGCAUCGUGGGACUCUACAGUGAAGGUUUGGUCUGGUGUUCCUGCAGAGAUGCCAAGCACCAAAAGACACCACUUUGACUUGCUGGCCGAGCUGGAACAUGAUGUCAGUGUAGAUACAAUUAAUUUAAAUGCUGCAAGCACACUGUUAGUUUCCGGCACCAAAGAAGGCUCGGUGAAUAUUUGGGACCUCACCACGGCCACUUUAAUGCACCAAAUUCCAUGCCAUUCAGGGACUGUAUGUGACACUGCUUUUAGCCCAGACAGUCGCCAUGUCGUCAGCACAGGAGGAGAUGGCUGUCUCAACGUCAUUGAUGUGCAAACAGGGAUGCUCAUCUCCUCUCUGACAUCAGACGAACCCCAGAGGUGCUUUAUCUGGGAUGGAAAUUCCGUUUUAUCUGGAAGUCAGUCGGGUGAACUGCUCGUCUGGGACCUCCUUGGAGCAAAAAUCAGUGAGAGAAUACAGGGCCACACAGGUGCUGUGACGUGUAUGUGGAUGAACGAGCAGUGUAGCAGUGUCAUCACAGGAGGGGAAGACAGACAAAUUAUGUUCUGGAGAUUACAGUAUUAAGUGCCUUUUCUCUCGUGGAUAUUAAAUUGAACUCUAUUUAAUGUAUUUUUACACCAAACUUUUAAACGAACUGGUAAAUGUGCAACGAUAGUAAGUAGAAGUUUUACCACAUGGAUAACAUGUGGUUUAAAACUUUCUAAAUCAUGACUACUUCAUUGUAAGUCAUUAGUUGCCACUCUCUUAAGGCAGACAAAAUAUGGCAGUGUUAGGAAGAAAACAUGACAUUUGGAAUACAGAGACCAUCCCAGUAGAAUGGUACGAAGACAGACUCUGUAGCAGAGAAUAGCUAAGAGAUACUAAAGGGGGAGGGGGAAACUUGUCAGAACUGAGAAUUUUCUAAGAAAACGUAUGGAAUUCUCUACUACUACUGAGUCACUGUGUUGUCUUCCUCUUCUACUACAACUGCCACCCACUGGGUUUUGGGUGUGUGUUUUCAUGGAGUGGUGACUCUCUAUGAUGCUGUACCCAGAUUCUAAGAACCUGGGGAAGGGUUAACAGUUCUUAUAACAGUAAACUUACUGUAUAUAGGAACGGGCUGUAUUUCAUUGUAGCUAUUAAAUGCUCAUCUUUUCUACAUUAAAAAUAUUUUUCUGUAAAGAAA